ACCGUGACCCGGCAGUGAGAGGAGGUGAGAUGUGGCGUCGGACGCUCCAGUCGGCGCUGCGGGAAGGGCUGAGCCCCGGCGCGAGGACGCAGGGAGCACGAGUCGAGAGCUGCCGGUCUGCGGGGAGCGACUCAGGGAAGGCCCCGCCCCCCGGUCCCUGCACGGGCGGCCGAGUGAGCGCCGAGCUGAUCGAGCACCUGGAGCGCCUGGCCCUGGUGGAUUUCCGAAACCGCGAGGGCGUGGAGCGGCUGCAGGCGGCCAUCGAGUUUGCGGAGCAGCUGCGCGCCGUGGACACGGACGGGGUGGCGCCCAUGGAGUCGGUGCUGGAGGACCGGUGCCUGUACCUAAGAGCAGACGACGUGGUAGAAGGCGGCUGUGUGGAGGACCUGCUGCAGAACUCUCGGCAGACCGUCGAGGAGUACUUUGUGGCCCCCCCAGGUAACAUUGCUCUGCCAAAACAAAGUGAACAAGAUCCAGUCACAAAGAGUUAAAUGCUGCUCUGAGGAACAGUGCUCAGAACAGGAAAUGAUGUGGAGGACCCUUGGGAAAGGCUCAACUGAAAAUACUCCCACGAAGUUCCUUAACAUAGUCAGGCUCUGGCCCUUUCUCUCCUCUCCCUCUGCUCUCUUGUGAAGAUGAAGUGAGGACAGAAGUGCAGUGAAUUCCUGCUCUUUCUGAUGGAGGUCAAAGAAGGGACUAUGGGCUUGGAGAAAAGCUUCCCAGGAAAUGGAUCAAGUAUUCACUUAAUACCUGGGUCACAUGCUGGAAGUGCCCUGUGGUUAACUGUAAAAUCACCUUUGAUUCAGAGUUUCUGCACUAUUAAAAAGAGUGAGUUUCUAACCAAA